CCUGAGUUAGAAGUGGGGAAGAGAAAAAGGGUGCGCCCUGAGUGUUCUUCCCUCCCAACUGAGUCUUCCACCACCUGCCAGAAAGGUGGGCGCUGCUGUAACCCUGGGCCCUGGGAAGGCAGCAGAGAGGUGCUGAGAUUUGUCAGUCAUGCUGCCGGUAGAGAGCCCUGGUCUUCAGUCCCCAGCCCUGCACACGCGGCCUCUGAAGCAAGGUGGGAGAAGGUAUGUGAGACCCACCUGCACGUGGGCCUGGGAGAGAGGUGGGAAAGCUGAAAUAAAGUGAGACCUGGGAGUCUGCCCACAGUGCCCUUCCCAGUCCCCAGAGGACAGCUUCCACGCUGGGGCAAAGUCUACUCUAUGUCAGGCUCUGGUCCGGGCAUUUUCACAUUCAGCAAUUCUGAGUUCACGGACAGGCUAAUUGUCCGAGGUCGCUCAGGCAGUAACUAGGGAAACUAGGAUUUGAACCCACGCAGUCUGGCCACGGCUGAGCCGCACGGAGGGAUGGUGAAGAGCCUGGGGUAACACAGUCGCAGCCCCAGAGCUAGGAGCCGCUGGCUCCCUUCCGGGCCUGAGGAAAAGCAAUGACACCUGACUCUUAGCCAACCGGGGGCGGAGCAGAGGUGGAGCUAGGGAGACCCAGGUGGCCUCUCCGAAAAGCGGAGCACCACGGGCGGCAGAGUGGCCUGGAGCAGCAUGCAGCAGAGCUGGGGACCAGGGCAGCUCAUCCUGGGAGCAGUGGUCCUCGUCGAGGGUCUUCAAGCGGCUCAGCACGUAUGUGGGCAGCGUGGCCCUGGCCCCCCUGAGCCUCGGGAGGGCAUCACAGUACCUGGCGAGUGGCCGUGGCAAGCGAGUGUGAGGAGGCAGGGGGUCCACAUCUGCAGUGGAUCCCUGGUGGCCGACACCUGGGUCCUCACUGCUGCUCACUGCUUUGAAAAGGCAGCAAUGACAGAACUGAACUCCUGGUCAGUUGUCCUGGGUUCUCUGCAACGUGAGGGGCUGAGCCCAGGGGCCGAGAAGGUGGGGGUGACGGCUCUGCAGCUGCCGAGGGCCUAUAACCACUACAGCCAGGGCUCAGACCUGGCCCUGCUACGACUUGCCCACCCCACGGCCCACACACCCCUCUGCCUGCCCCAACCUACCCAUCGCUUUCCUUUUGGGACCUCCUGCUGGGCCACUGGCUGGGAUCAGGACACCAAUGGUGCUCCCAGGACUCUGCGGAAUCUGCGCCUGCGUCUCAUCAGCCGCCCCACGUGUAACUGCCUCUACAACCAGCUGCACCAGCGGCUGCUGGCCAACCCAGCUCGGCCGGGGAUGCUGUGCGGGGGCGCCCAGCCUGGGGUGCAGGGGCCCUGUCAGGGGGAUUCUGGGGGCCCCGUGCUGUGCCGUGAGCCUGACGGACACUGGGUUCAGGCUGGGAUCAUCAGCUUUGCAUCAAGCUGUGCCCAAGAAGACACCCCUGUGCUGCUGACCAGCACGGCUGCUCACAGCUCCUGGCUGCAGGCUCGAGCUCAGGGGGCGGCCUUCCUGUCCCAGAACCCGGGGACCCCGGAGAUCAGUGACGAGGACAGCUGUGUAGCCUGUGGAUCCUUGAGGAGAGAAGGUCCCCAGGCAGGAGCCCCCUCCACAUGGCCCUGGGAGGCCAGGCUGAAGCACCAGGGGAAGCUGGCCUGUGGCGGAGCCCUGGUGUCAGAGGAGGUCGUGCUGACUGCUGCCCACUGCUUCAUCGGGCGCCAGACCCCAGAGGAAUGGAGCAUCGGGCUGGGGGCCGGACCAGAGGAGUGGGGCCUGAAGCAACUCGUCCUGCAUGGGGCUUACACCCACCCAGAGGGGGGCUACGAUGUGGCCCUCCUGUUGCUGGCCCAACCCGUGACACUAGGCCCCAGCCUUCGGCCGCUCUGCCUGCCCUAUUCCGACCACCAUCUGCCCGAUGGGGAACGUGGCUGGGUCCUGGGGCUGCCCCGCCACGGAGCAGGCGCCAGAUCCCCUCAGACAGUGCCUGUGACCCUCUUGGGGCCCAGGGCCUGCAACCGGCUGCAUGCAACUCUUGGGAGCGACAGCGUCCCCAUUCUGCCAGGGAUGGUGUGUUCCAGUGUUGUGGGUGAGCCGCCCCACUGUGAGGGCCUGUCCGGGGCACCCCUGGUGCACGAGGUGAGGGGCACAUGGUUCCUGGCUGGGCUACACAGCUUUGGAGAUGCCUGCCAAGGCCCCGCAAGGCCUGCGGUCUUCGUGGCGCUCCCUGCGUAUGAGAACUGGGUCAGCAGUUUGGACUGGCAGGUCUAUUUUGCUGAGGAGCCGGAGCCCGAGGCCGAGCCCGAGAGCUGCUCCGCCAACACGAGCAAACCAGCUGGCUGUUGACAGGUGGCUCUGGGAUGCUGCAGACACAGUGAGACAAAUCCUGCGUCACUGCCCCUGCCCCUCUCCCAUCCUCACCCCCCCGCAGCCCCCCGUGAUCCCAGGCACUGGGGUGGGCCCA